CAUUUUAUCGCAACACAGAGCUGAGGUAAUGGAGGAAAACCAGUAGCCAUUGACGAAGCUCGUUUCUUCGUGACUUCCUCUUUCUCCUCCAUGACUCUCCUCAGAACUCACCAUCGCCAUACCUCGCCUCUUCGAUAUUGCCGUUUUGCCCCUACCCAGUCCCUUGUUUCUGCUUCCUCUCACGUUCUCUCUCUACAAAGACCGAGCUUCAGUCUCCGGUUCCCUUCGCUUUCUCUCUCUAACGGACGAUUACCGCGCUCGAGCGUCUCUGGCACCGGAGCUUCGAUUCCCGGAAAUCAAUACGAUGCGGAGGAGGAGGAUUCCGGCAAUGCAGCGGACGGAGGUGGCGUCGUUUACCAGAAAACGCUGAGACUGGUUGAGUGCGCCAUGUUCGCCGCCGUCACCGGCCUCGUUUACUUUCUCAGCAAUUCCCUCGCCAUCGAGAACUACUUCGGCUGCUUCUUCUCAUUGCCUAUUGUAAUAUCAUCUAUAAGAUGGGGCAUUUCAGCUGGCAGGAAAACCAUGGUGGCUACAGUCUUGCUGUUAUUCAUCCUGUCGGGUCCCGUGAAAGCGUUAACGUAUUUGCUUACUCAUGGUCUUGUUGGGCUAGCUAUGGGUUCUAUGUGGAGGUUACGAGCAAGCUGGCGUCUCUCUAUUUUCCUGUGCAUGAUGGUCCGAGCAUUGGGUCUCAUGGGCUAUGUCUUGACAUCGUCAUUCUUAAUACGAGAAAACAUUCUCGCCGUUAUCACCAUGAACAUUCAUGCAUCUCUCUCUUACAUCUUCACCGCCGUGGGAUUGAACACUAUUCCUUCUAUGAACUUCAUUUACGCCAUAUUCGGGACAGUGCUGUUGCUGAACAGUGGGUUCUUCGUGUUGUUGCUGCAUCUUCUCUACUCUGUGUUCCUCACAAGACUCGGAAUGAAAUCUUCCUUGAGAUUGCCUGUUUGGUUGGACAAAGCUAUUUGAUGGAAUCAGAUGACGUUCUUGUUCUUGCAGAUCCUUCAAAUGCUGUCAAUAUGGAAGCAAAUUUGUGUGCAUGUGUGUAUAUAUGUAUGGAUACAAAA